CAUCGCUAAAUAUAACAGGCGAACUUCCUACUAAAUUAAUUUAUUACGUUACCAAAAUAGCCUAUCAUUGAAAUGAUGCUAGUAAUAUUGUGUUGGCAUGUUUGGCACCCCCAGGAAUGUUGAAAAUCCUGGGUGCACUGUGUGACAUACAUGCAUGCCUGAUUUCUCCCGCCACAGUACGCAGUAGCCAACCAAUGAUGCUAGAGAUCUACUCACUCCAGUAACUGAGCACUGAGUAGUACUUACAAAUAGCUACUUCACAGAGCCAAGAGGCCAAAGAGAGGUUGAGCCAAGUGCAUUCAAGUAUAUUUAAAUAAAUACCAAUGUAAGCCAAGAUUUGCAUUACAACUCACAAGGGUAUAUAAACAAAUUACAACCCUCUAACUUCACUUUUCAAUUAAUUCUCGGUGAGUAAAGACCAUAAGCACUGGAGGGAAGACAACACUAUGGCAUACUCUAAGCCUCUAGAAUUCCUCAUUAGAGCAAUAACAGUCAUUAUUAAUACAAUUUGCCAGCUGAUAGAGUAUUGUACUCAGAAAAAAUGUUUCAAUUUGACAGAAGAAAAAAUUGAAAAACUUGGAAAGAGAAUUGAGGAGACUGCAAAGAAACAUGGAGAUGUCUACAACUGGACCGAUGCCAUGUAUAUGAAUAUGAACUGUUGGGCAGAAGACACAGCCCUCUCUCCACUUGGGAGGUUCCACAUUUACAAUACAGCCAAAGAGUAUGUGGAUAAUUUAGAGAAUGUGGCCAAUUGCAUUGCUGCACAACCCGAUAUUCUCACGGUGCCAUUAAAAAGACCCAUCUUCAUAACUGGCCAUAUGAGAACUGGAAGCACUCUGUUGCUUAACCUUUUGACCUGCGACCCUGCAAACUUCGGUCCACCCCUUUGGCAGCUUCGUAAGCCAGCCCCUCCGGUGCCAGGGACACCUGAUAGAAGACUUGAACAGUCAAAGAAAGACCGAUGCUUCAUGGAAGCAUUGGUGCCGGAAAUUCGAAAGCAACACCAGGUCGAGGCUACAGAUAGCGAAGAAUGUUGCGUCGCAAUGGACCGAAUAUUUCUUUCAAAGUGGCAACCACUUGUAUGCCAAACAAUGCAACCUUACGCAACCUGGUACCAAAACAUGCCAAAAGAAAAAGCACGCAAAAUGUAUGAAUAUUUCAACCGGGAAAUGCAGCUUCUCGCAUACCAUCAAGGCAACGGUCACAAACGGCUUGUUCGCAAAGAUUCCCUACAUAUGCUGUUUACAGACAGUUUGCUGGAAAUUUUCCCGGAUGCGUGUAUAGUGAACACGGUGAGACGUCCAGAAACAAUUACGCCCUCCCAAGCUAGUAUGUUCACGACACUCUCAAAAAUAUUUUACACAGAAGACCAACAGGAUCCACACGGGAUUGGAAAACGUAGCUUAGAAUUCAUUGAAAAAUCCAACAAAACAUUUAUCAAUGUUCGAAAGAGCUUUGACUGUGAACAAAACAACAAUGCACCUCAGCGAGUCUUCACAGAUGUCAUGUACGAUGACCUUAUAAAAGACCCCAUCAAAGUUGUGAAAAACAUUUAUGACUUUUUCAAUCUGGAAUUUACACCUGAAUUUGAAAAGAACAUGAAACAAUACCUCAUAUCUCGACCAAACAACAAACACGGGAAGCAUAUAUACUCAUUGCAAGAGUAUGGACUCACUCAAGACUCAUUAAACAUAGCGUUCAAAGAAUAUAAAGAGUAUUUCAAUAUCAGUUAAACGCUCCAUCCAAGAUUGAGCCAAAAUCAAAGUAAACAGUGCAAAUAUCUGUCAUCAUGUAAAUUGUCAUUUUCAAUAGUACAUAACAGAUGUACAUGUACUAAGAGUCACCCUGUACAUAAUUAAUAUAUACAUUUUCAUCAUCUAGAUUAAAUUAUAAGCCACUAAGGCUAGACUGUACAUAUUGUAAAUAGAAAACACACAUUGUUUAUUUCACUCAUUUUGAGUACAUUCAACGAGAAUACAAUAUUGAAUAAAACGUAAAAAACUAAAA